UGGGUUGCCUCGGAGUUUUCGCUUAAUGUCUUUUGAGCUUUGGUGCUCGUUCCCCCUCCCGUGUUCGAGCGGUUCGCUGCAGGAGUUAGUGGUCAGUCGUCCUGGUUGCAGAUGAUAAACAUAAACCAAGCUUGGUCUUUUUGGAGCAGCUGACGCCUUCAGAGUGUAUGUGAAAACUUUGACAUUAUUUGAGGAAGAGCAGAGGGCGACUUCUUAAUGUUCCAGCCAACCAACGUUAUUAACCACAGAUGACUUGAUCCUUGUUGUUUGUGGGACUGCCGUGUGAAAACUAUCAAUGAUGCUUCCUGCAUUGCAGCAGUUAUGACUUAAAAUUAUUUCAUUGACUGUGCAAGCCACCUAUUUAUUUGUCGGGUUUUCUCAUGAGAUAGUGUCAACUGUCUUCUAAUAAAUACGGAAUUUGCAUAAACAUGGCAUCAGAAAAUCCAGGUCCUCCCAAUCCACACUGCAAGAUCAUGACCUUUCAUCCAACUAUGGAAGAGUUCAAAGACUUUGGGAAGUAUAUUGCUUACAUUGAAUCUCAGGGAGCCCACCGGGCAGGACUGGCAAAGGUCAUUCCACCGAAGGAGUGGAAACCACGGAAGUCAUAUGACGAAAUAGAUGAUAUGACUAUCCCAGCUCCAAUUCAACAGGUGGUGACUGGCCAGUCAGGGCUUUUCACGCAGUACAACAUUCAGAAGAAAUCGAUGACUGUCGGGGAGUACAGGAAACUGGCCAACAGUGAGAAGUAUUGUACACCACGUCAUAUAGAUUUUGAUGAUCUUGAACGCAAAUACUGGAAGAAUCUGACCUUUGUUUCUCCCAUCUACGGAGCCGAUAUCAGUGGUUCUCUGUAUGACAAUAAUAUCGAGGAGUGGAAUAUCGGAAAUCUGAACACCCUGCUGGACAUGGUGGAGCAGGAGUGUGGAAUUGUGAUUGAAGGUGUCAAUACUCCAUACCUGUACUUCGGAAUGUGGAAAACCACGUUUGCCUGGCACACUGAAGAUAUGGAUCUCUACAGCAUUAACUAUUUGCACUUUGGAGAACCCAAAUCUUGGUAUGCAAUACCUCCAGAACAUGGGAAAAGGCUGGAACGGCUGGCAAAAGGCUUCUUUCCAGGCAGCUCUCAAGGAUGCGAUGCGUUUCUUCGCCACAAAAUGACUCUCAUAUCACCCUCCAUAUUGAAGAAAUACAGCAUUCCUUUUGACAGGAUUACACAAGAGGCUGGCGAGUUCAUGAUCACCUUUCCCUACGGCUAUCAUGCUGGUUUUAACCAUGGAUUCAAUUGUGCAGAAUCGACUAACUUUGCCACACUUCGCUGGAUCGAUUAUGGAAAAUGGCUACUCAGUGUACCUGCAGGAAAGACAUGGUAAAGAUAUCAAUGGAUGUAUUUGUGCAGCUCCUUCAGCCUGAUCGCUAUGAACUGUGGAAAAGUGGUAAAGACGUUGUCACUAUUGAUCACAACAAGCCAACUGCUCUAUCAAGCCCUCAGAUGGAUGACUGGCUGGAGCGAAAA